GUCUUUCAAUCUGUGGGCACAUGCAAACAAACGUCGUGCCAUCACGCAUCACGGGCAGAUAGUGCGCAACCAAGCUAGUACGACCAAACAGACGACGGAGAAGAGGCGCACACGAUGAUUCAGCUAAAGACACUGGUGAAUUGCAUCGACAACUCUGGCGCCGCCAUAGUCGAGUGUGUCAACGUGCUGCGAUCCAAGCGGCCUGCAAAAGUCGGCGACCGCAUAGUAGUAGUCGUGAAGAAACAACGAAACUUUGGCCCCGAGACGGGCAACAGCGUGUCCAUCAGCGCAGCGAACAAGGUGCGACGAGGCGAUGUACGACACGCCGUCGUAGUACGGACAGCAAAGAAGUGGCAACGGCCAGAUGGCAGCGUGGUCAAGUUCGACGACAACGCCUGCGUGCUCAUCAACAAGGCGGGGGAACCCAUCGGCUCAAGAGUUAGUGGCGUCGUUGCUGCCGAACUGAGACAGAAGCAGUGGUCCAAGAUCCUAUCACUGGCACCCAUGCACGUGUAGAUACGGACUGGGAAAGAAAUGUAUUUUUUGGAGUCUAUGGAGCACUUGAGCAUGUAACAGUAUGUGUAUAUGCAGAUAUACGGGUAUCUGAAGACCUUUUUUUCCGA